GGACAUUUCUCCCGGUCUCCCGAGCCCGAAUGUCAACCAGCGGCUCCAGCUCCUCUUCUCUGCGGAAAGACUUCGAUGUGAAGCAGAUUCUCCGGAGUCGAUGGAGGUGGUUCGGUCACCCGGCUGUUCCCGCGCACCACAACCCCCGCUAGGAGACUUCUUUACCGGGAGAGAAGCAGGGGCCAGCCCCGGAGAGAACCAGAGCCCCUCUGUUAGUGUCUGUUCUACCAGUAACGGAACCGGUAACGGCACCAGUACAGGAAAUAACUGCAUAGUAGCAGUUGGAACGAGCGGUAACGGUAGUUGUAGUGGUAAUAGUUCAUGCAACGCCAAUAACAGAACGUUGACGGAUAAUUAUGCUGGGAGUCCCACUGAUAACCUCCCGGUAACAGCGUUUGCAGCCACGGCAGCUGGACAUUCCUCAUGUCCGCGGUCCUUCAGCCAACCGGAGUGGGUCACCCGGUUGUCUGUCUCUCACUCUCGGCCGGUAACGGACACAGAGCGCCCCGGGGACGGCUCAUCGCUCCUCCAACCCGCGGUACCGGAGGCGUCUGUUCCUGUGGCUGAAGAGGAGACGGGUCUGACGGGAACCGAGAGAAAUAAUAACCGCGACGACACUGCCUCCAGCUCCUGCAGCAGCGCAACGCUGUCCUCAUGUGUGUCGAUGGAGCCAUGUGUGUCCCCCGACGAGUGUGUGUACACGGCUCACGCACACGCAGACCUGACCUUCAGCAGGAUGGAGACCUACCUCCGAACCAAACAGCUGUGUGACGUCACUCUGGUGGCAGGGGACAGGAGGAUACCUGCUCACAGACUGGUCCUGUCGUCGGUGUCUGACUACUUUGCGGCCAUGUUCACCAGUGAUGUCCGAGAGGCCAAACAGGAAGAGGUUAAGAUGGAGGGAGUGGACCCUGAUGCAUUGUGGGUGCUGGUACAAUACGCUUACACAGGUCGUGUGGAGUUGAGAGAGGACACUAUAGAGUGUAUAUUGUCAGUAUCAUGUCUCCUCCAGCUCCAGUCAGUGGUCCAGGCCUGCUGUAACUUCCUCAUCAAACAGCUGCACCCGUCUAACUGUCUGGGGAUACGCAGCUACGCAGACACACAGAGCUGUACACACCUCCACCACGCUGCUCACAGCUACACCAUGGAGAAGUUUGUGGAGGUGGUGAAAGGUCAGGAGUUUCUCCUCCUCCCGCUAGAAGAGAUGGACAGAUUGUUGUCCUCCGACGAUAUGAAUGUUCCAGACGAGGAAACCGUGGUUACAGCAUUGCUAAGCUGGGUCCGCCAUGACGUUUCCACCCGGCAACCACACCUGCCCUCGCUCCUCGCUCACAUACGACUGCCUUUACUGCAAACACAGUUUCUAGCAGACCUGGAGUGUAGCCCUCUGCUUCGAGACAGUGUGGAGAGUCAGAGGCUUUUAAUGGAAGGUAUGAAGUACCAUCUCCUGCCUCAUCGGCGCCCCCUGCUGCAGAGCCCCAGAACCAGACCUCGUAAAUCUACUGUCGGAGCCAUGUUCGCUGUUGGGGGUAUGGACGCAACCAAAGGAGCCACCAGUAUAGAGCAGUACUGCCUGCGUCGGGAUGCGUGGAGCCAGGUGGCGGUGUUGAGCUGGCGCAGACUCCAGUUCGGGGUGUGUGUGUUGGAUCGACGUCUCUACGUGGUCGGGGGUCGGGACGGACUGAAGACCCUCAACACGGUGGAGUGUUACGACCCGGACGGUGGCAGCUGGAGCGUCAUGACGCCCAUGUCCACACACAGACACGGGCUGGGUGUAACAGUACUUGAGGGUCCAAUGUAUGCAGUAGGAGGGCAUGAUGGGUGGAGCUACCUCAGCACUGUAGAGAGGUGGGAUCCUCAGGCUCGUCAGUGGAGCUUCAUCGCCAGCAUGUCAACACCUCGAUCUACUGUAGGAGUAGCUGUACUCAGCAGAAAGUAG